AUGGGUCAAUUAAAUGUAUUUUUUGCGACGAUUUUUGUGAGAGAAAUUCAUAAGUCAAAGGGAAGCAAAGCGAUCUGCGUGCACUUUCAUCUUUUGACUGGUCUAUCACACAGCAGUACCCAAACAGGAAAUGAGUACCAGACGUUUAGAAGGAAACGAUCAUUUGGCGUCAAAGAUGCGAUUUGUAACUUGACUCAUGGCGUUUACCUGGAGAGAUGGGACAGAAUCGACUAUAAACGCGUAAAAUUUCUGUUUGCUGAUCCGCGAUACCCAAACCUACCAAGUUAUGCAACAUGUAUUCCAACAUUUGAACAGCCGUCAGACUGGGCAGACUUCUAUGGGUCGCGCUUAAGGACCUAUUUCGUUCCACUACAGACAGGAAACCACUAUUUCUAUCUUUCAUCUGACGCCGGAAGUGAGCUUUACCUCAGCACGGAUGAAAGACCUGAAAAUAAGUCGAUGAUAACUUCCGUAGAUGGAGGAUUUGCAACGUAUCAGUAUGAGUACGACAGGUUCACGAAUCAAAAAUCUCUACCUGUUUACCUGAAGAAAGGUAAGUUUUACUACAUGGAGGCUGUGAUGAAAGAUGACCACCAGAAAGAUCACCUGGAGGCUGCUGUCAAGACACCAGACGGAAAAUUUUACGAAGUUAUACCCUCAAAAUUCUUGUGGACAACAUUGCCACCGACGCCUGAGCAAAACUCAACCUACCAAGCAAUAUUGCUUAAAGUUGCUGCGAGAGCUGGUGCAAGAGCUGGUUUGGCAUUUGGAGCUCACUGGGGAAAGAGGAGUGGUGCGAAGGCCGGAGCUAAAGCUGGUGCCUUGGCCGGAAUGGAGGUAGGAGCAUCCGCCGGAGCACGUGUAGGAGAAAAGGCUGCCCAACAGGUGGUCACAAAAACAAUCGAGGACAGACUCAAUAAUGUUUAUGGACACAACUCGCAUCAAUUUAAAAUCGUUGUAGAAAAUGGGAACGUGGUUUCCGUCACUAACCCUACAUCAGGAGGCAGUCGUGGAAGUGGGGGAUCUGGUGGUGCAGGAGGAACAGGGGGUGCAGGAGGAACAGGGGGUGCAGUAGGCGUAGGAAGCAUAGGUGGUACAGGAAGCACAAGAAAAGCAGAGGGGGCCGUAAAAGGUGUAGAAGGCAAAGAAGGUGCAAGAGGCGAGGGCGGUGUAGGUAUUUCUGGAGGUAAAGGAGGCGCGAUAGGAUCGGAGACAAUAAAGGGCGGAGCAUACGGAGGGGGAUCAACAGCAUCGGUGGGGGUAGCUGAAGGUGGCCAAGGAAGGGUCAGUGCUGGAAGUAGUGAAAGUACAGCAGGACAAGUGGUUAAUGGAGCGUCCGUCUCUGCAAAAGGUUCGCAAGUAAUUUCAAGCGGUCAAACAGAUGUUUCUCUUGUUCCUAGCGGUAAUAAAGCCAGUUCUCCACCAGAUGAAUUUUUGGGGUCCCAGGAGGCGUCAUAUAUCGUAAAGCCUGGAGAGGACGCCCAAACAAUGGCAAGGAUGCUUGUAUGGAAACAAGGAGCUGCAAGUAAACUUGUUCAAGAUGGACUUUACACUGUCCACUCCUGGGAUAUACCAUAUCCACAAGAAAAUAACAGCCUGAACUUCUGUUGGAGUUCUUAUAAUGGGAAAAUGGCUCUCAGGCAAUUCUGUCAAGUGUUCACAGUGCGAAUUCCUGCACUGUAUCAAAAGGUUGACGCGGAGAAAGAAAGCGCUUCGUUUGAAUCAGUGUGCCUUCCAGGUUAUUUCUUGAGGCAGAAAAACUAUAAUUUUAUCUUGCAAAAACGUGAUGGAUCAGAACUGUUUGAUAAAGACAGUUCUUUCUACUUGGUUAGAGUGAUGAAAUUUAGUAGGAAUCUCCUACUGAAAUCAAUGCACAAUGAUUGGUACAUUUGCCAAAGUAAAAAACAACAACUUAAACACGUCACGCCUAUGGAGCUGGACUUUUACAAUGGUGAUCCCGACGUCCUCGAGAGAUGUACAUUUUCAUUUUGGCCAAUUCCCCCAUACGAAAACAAAAACAGGAACUGCCGGAACGUUGUUGGACCAGUGAAACCACCAACCAUCAUGGGAGAGCCACACCCCCAUCCCGCUAACUUAGUUUCAGAGUCAGUCGCCCAACCAGCCCAGCCUUCCUGCAUCCCCUUAUGUUCCUCUGGAGGAGCUAUAGGGUCAACACCAGGAGCACCAGCAAUGUUUAAAGAAACAGGCAUAAAUGGUCCUUUGGAACCUUUAGUCGCAAGUGGAAAAAAGAUGUGCGUUGCAUUAAACUUCAUAAACAACUUUGGACCUUCAUUCAAGCUCCUCUCCUCUCUUAAACAUGAAGCUUAUCUUGUCACUGGAUCAGGAUUUAAGCUUAAACUCAUCAUAGAACGACCUGAGCUACAUAGCCAUGUUACAUUUAGCGCUGGGGACCCGAAUAGAAAAAGCAAAUUACUUUUGAAUGAGGAAACAAGCAUAUCAGAAACACCUGUCCCUGGUUGUCCUGUGUUCAAGGAUGUUUCAGUCACCAGCCAAGAUAGUAAGUCACAAAGAAGGCCGGGAAAAUUUGGGCCUUUCCCCUUGGGCACUCGCGUACCGACAUCAACUUCUCAACCUUAUCCUUCGCCACCUAUAUCACAACUGCGCCCUCCCUCUCCUUCCCUUCCUCCUCCCCCUCCUCCUCCUCUUCCUCCUCCACCUCCCCCUCUUCCACCGCCACCAGCACCAUCACCAGCCUCCUCUGCACCAGUCAUUUCAGCCCAAGCAGUCUCGGCAGUUCCAGAUAAAGCGCCAGGUUCCAUUCAUUAUCACUACCAUUAUUCGAAGACACCGCAUCUUACUCCUGGUUGUCCAACGAGCUGUUCCUCCACUGGGUGCCCCAUUUCCUGUCCACUAUCCUGUUGUCGUUAGAAAGCUUGUUACAGACAAGAAUUCAACGUGGAUACAAAGUCAUCCCUGCCUAUUAAUGAGGUUAUAAUCUGGACGGAACAGAAUCCGUCGAAGGAAAGCAAUCCUGCGCUGCUGCAGCUGCAGUUACUUUUGUAACAAACAGGCAGAAGAUUCUUAGAAUCAUAAUAUAAACAAUUUUAACCGGCUUACGUGUUUGGAUUAUCAUUAAAACAAAAAUGGUGGGGCAGUGCUAUUCUGUAAUAACUAUACGCUGCCAGAGAGAAUCUCUUGAUGACAUUUUUAUUUUAUAUCAGUCUAAAACAUGCACUGCAUAUAGAACACACCACCUAAAACGUUCUUGGAUAUAGAUAGAACAUGCGUCUACUUUUGACAUAGACAGUGGGUUGUUCUUUUCCAUUGGUUAAGGUAAUCGAAAGCCUAGCAUUUUCCAUGAUAAUUGUUGCUCUUGAAAAGUAUUUAAAUCAAAUGUUACUUUAAGAUGAAAAUUAACUUAAUCAGUGAAUGGAUGCAGUAGAUGGAGAACCAAAUAUAUUCAUUAAGAUUUCAAGUAUACAUAUUUAAACUGAAUAACAUGAGCUAAAGUAUCCUUAUCGGAGCAUAUCAGCAGCAGUCUUAAAAUCCAACUUACGUAUAAAGGUCCAGGUGGCGUUUCAACCUUUAUUAAAUAUUUUUAUAAUCGAAUAGAUGAUUCCUCUUUUUGCCCAAAGUAUAGAAGCGAGCUUCAAGAACGCUGAAAAUAAUAUUUUUAUUUUAAAAACCAAACUGAGUGAGAUGUACGGUGUUAUAUUUGACUCAAUCUGUUCCUGUUUUCUCAUACAACAAAGAAGAUCAACUAGUAGAGAAUCUCUCGUAAUCAGUGAUGUACCUCCCAGUACUACUAGUAAUAAAAAUUGUGGAAAAAGCUCACUUUAA